UAUUUAUUGUUGCAUGAUAUGUGAUUUUUUAAGUAAUUAUUGUUGUUUAAUCUUGCAAUAGCCAACAUUGGAUGCUCCUUGUCAUAUGUCCCUUGCCCGGGAUAGUUUAUACCUUCGAUUCUGCCAGCUUUCACAAACAGCGGAAGUUAAAGCUUAAAUUGCCUAUGAUAGCUGCUUUUAGGAGGUUUCGGAUGAGCGGCCACAAAGUUCGUCGAGAGAAGCUUUUGUGGAAAUAUGUUGAGUGCCCGCAACAACAAGGAGGCACGGAGUGCGGUUAUUUUGUGAUGCGGUACAUUUUUGACGUACUCGCUUCAUAUUUUGGUUCGUUGGAUAUGGACAAAGUUGCUCAAACCUUUACCAAAGAUCCUUAUACGGAGGAUCAAAUCAAUGAGGUGAAGAAUAAGUGGGCAAGAUACUUUGUUGAUGAGUGCAUUACGAACAUAUACAUAAUUGCAACUUGUACCAACUAA